UAGUAUUUUUUAAAAAAUGAUAUCAUCCACUUGUAUAAACUUGUUUUUAUUUAUUGCAUGACUUACUUUAUGUUCCUGAUAUCUGAAUAAUUGUUGAUUCAACUGCAUUCCAAUACUUUAAUAUACACCACAGUUUGUAAUCCGUUAUUGUAACUUUAUGUAGUGUAAAAUGGUUUUUAAACUUGUAAGAACUGAUUCCGAAGACCCCUAUAAGAUACAGCUUGAAAUUGGUACCCAUUUGAUUGGAAGGGGUAAAUUCCUGAAUUGCGACGAUAAAAGAGUGUCCCGAAACCAUGGAGAAUUACAAGUCAGUGAAGAUACAGUCAUCAUUAAAGCGCUACAUCAAAACCCAUGUUUCUACUUAAAAAAAGAUAAAGAAGGCACACAGAAUACAGAAAUAUUAAGGCAGAAUUGUAGUGUAGCCCUCAAUAAUGGGGAUAAAUUUGGAAUGUUGCCAGACUCCUGUUGGUACGAAGUUUUAUAUUGUACCAUCUCUGAUGUGAAUAAAACACCUGAAGAUCAGGGAGUUGAUGAAAGUGACAGGUAUACAGUAAACACAGAGAUAAUGGAUGACAAUGUGAUAGUCGAGCAUUUUGAUGAAGAAAAAGAAAAAAGACCAAAAUGCAAUGAUGCACCAGCAUCUCCGUCUCUUUUAGAUUUUGAUAAAGAAAAAGAACCUCCAAGAACGAAAUACGAUGAAGGUGAUACAUCAGAAUCUGCAUCUCUGUUAGAUGAACACCCCAUAAAAAUAGAAGCAACCCUAACAACAGAUAAUACAAGCAAGAAUAAUGAUGGUGAAGCAAAUGACGAAAAUGCUAUAAAAAGAUGUCAUAGUCCAACACAAAACAGUGAUGAUGCGUCUACAAAAAAGGUGAAGACCGAAGAAGACAUUAAGCAAGAAGCAGAGGAUGUACAGCCUGGACCCAGUAAUGAUCAAUUGAAUGCUAAUGAUACGUCUCAGGAUAAAAAAUCUCCGCCUACUCCAGCAAAACCACAACAAUCUCAAUUGCGGGAAAGGUGUAUAUAUGGUGCUAGCUGUUACAGGAGAAACCCUCAGCACAAGACGCAGUUCAGUCACCCGGCGGACGCGGACUGGGGCGGCGGCGAGCGCGGGGAGUGUCCGUGGGGCCGCGCGUGCCGCCGGCGCGACCCCCGCCACUGGCAGAUACACCAACACCCGCCCGGCACGCAGCCGCCACCGCCGCACGCCAGACCAGCAGGUAAUAGGAGAGUAAGAAAACGUAGUGAUGACACCCCGCCUCAAGAUCUUAUAUUGCACGGGAAAAGAUUGAGAAAGACUAUUGAUAUACCGAAAUGGAGCGAUUCAGAAUCAAAUAGUGACCCGUACGAAACUGAUGGUUCUGAUGACUGGCAGCCGUCGUCGACUAAUGACACAGAGAGUCAAUAUACACAAGACAUUGAUGAUUGAAUUGUUAUAAUGAAACGUGAAAUAAAUUGUUGAUUAUACAUUAGUUUUAUUUAAUUACUUGAGGCUUGUUCCGUAUACAGGUAUGUGCUCGGAAUUGUGUUAGUUUUUUAUAUAUUAGCACAACCAGACCCGGCCAUGCGUUGCUGUGGCUAAGGUUCGUCGUAAGGUAAAAUAAUAUUGCAACUAUAAAUUGAGGUGUAAG